GAGACGGACACACAGUAACGGAGGCGCACCUCAAAAUCAGCGUACGGCUGCGGUGGACCCUGACGGCGACGGGUGGAACGGGUUGCUGGUGGCAAGUUUUUGCUUCAAUCAGCUCAACUAUCCAUUUUGUAUCUUCCUUUGCCUUAGAUCUCUCUCAAUUUCCCCUCUUCUUCCCAGAUUUUGAAGCGACGGCGGCCGAGUCAUGGAGAAGAUGAAUCAGGCGUUUGAGAAAAUGAAAAUGUUAGUAGGAGUUGAGGUGGACGACGAACGUGAAGCUUCUACUGCUACCAUCGACGACGGUAGCUCUUCAUGGUUUAUGGACGAUUUCAAUCGCAAUUGCACGCUGUCUACGAAACAGCGAUUUUAUGGUUUUGCCAUAUGCUUUGUUGCUGGUGUAACGUGUACAUUGAUGUCAAUGCUUGUUUUCUUCAAUCCAAUCAAAUUUGGAAUAGCUUUCACAUUGGGCAACAUGCUAUCACUUGGAAGCACAGCAUUUCUCAUAGGCCCCAAAAGGCAAGUGACUAUGAUGCUUGAUCCUGUUCGGAUUUAUGCGACGGCCAUAUACCUUGCUAGCAUGAUUUUUGCUCUUUUUGGUGCUCUCUAUGUCCACAACAAGCUGUUGACACUUCUUUCGCUCAUUUUGGAAUUUGGUGCCCUAAUUUGGUAUAGCUUGAGCUAUAUACCUUUUGCAAGGUCGAUGGUUUCAAAGGUUAUGGUAUCUUGUUUGGAUACGGAGUUUUAGGGGAUGACAUUGCGACAUGCACGACAAAGAGGCAUUAUUGGACUACGUUGUAUUAUGUGUUUUUUUAGGCCUUGUUUAUGUCUCCAUAGGCAUCGUUUAUACUCUCUCGCUCAGACUGACAUCUUCAUAAUGUGAGUGAAUCCAAUGUGGGCUUUAAACAGUAUUCUUGUUUGUAUCGUUCUUGAAGGGAUUGGGUUGAAGUUGGCUGCCUAACAUGUGAAAUGAGUUCAUAAAAUAACACUUAAUAUUGGUGACGUGAUCUCUCUUGAAUUAUUGCAACUUUUAUUUUUCUUAGAGUUCGUUUGUACCAAAAAAACAAAUUAGAAAAGAAGGAUUAUUAGUCCAUGUUUAGCCGUUUUUCUAAUGUACAAAUGGUAUUGAACUUUU